AGUUUGCCGGUCUCCACAGUUGUGUAAAAUGUUGAAAGUACGCAACGUUUUCCUGCUGCCCAGAAGAUGGAAAAGCGGAGCCAAAAAGCGAUGGAACGUCCUGCAGAACAAGAAGAACAAUUGCGACCGGGCUCUUGAAAACUUCGAUGAUUUCUACGGGAGUGUUUACGGCAGUCGGUGGAAGAACAUGCGGGCGGCUCUUCUCACGCGGCACAAGUACAUCGCCAUGGUGAACAAUUUCGGGGACACGGAGCAGACUUGCAGCAUGCUGGAAACAGAUGGAGCCAUCAACAUGAAGUCCUUGAUCAACCUGGCCCAGGAACGUCUGAAAGACAGCACGGAAACUUUGCCCGAACAGGGUAAAUCCCGCCAUGAAAUAGAGGGAAAACUGGAUGCACUGCUGCGAAAACAGCAGGAACGCGAGGUGGCCUCCAUUUACCCGAGUUCAGGGGAAGAUGGUGCAGCUAAUCCCCUGCCACAACAACUGAAGUUCGACAACAUAGAGGAAAAGCAGCCUGAGGAAUUCAGCAAUCCCUUUAAACAGAGCUUGACAAAGGCUUUGGAGGAAGAUGUAAAGCUGGAUGACAAUCGUUUGGUGGAUCCCCAGUUCGGAACUGGUGGAUUGUACGAAUAUAUGCCUGCCCACAGCAUCAAGGGCAUGGAGGAUUGGGUGGCAGAGUCGGAACACUAUAAGUACUACCAAACCAGCGCCGAUUUUCCACUCACUGUUGAACCGGAGGAUUCGUUUUACUUCCCGGAGCAUCUCUCCCUGUACACCUACGAAAAGGGGAACUGCUCCGACUUUAAGGGACAAAAGUGCUUGACAGGCGUCCUCUCUCACUUCAUGAUGGAUGGCGCCUCAACUUUGCCCCCUCUUUUCCUGCAAGUGAAGCCUGGAGAGCGAGUGCUCGAUGCGUGUGCCUCUCCUGGCGGCAAGUCCUUGCUCAUGCUGCAGACCCUGCAUCUGGACCAGCUAGUGUGUAAUGACAUCCAGGAAUCCCGCCUAAAUAAGCUGCGCAAAGUGAUGCAGGAGUACCUGUUUGACUACAAGGAACGAUGGGCUGGAAAGCGGCUCAUUUUCAGUCAGAGUGACGCUCGAAACCUCGACCAAUUUGAGCAGUUCGACAAGAUCCUGGUGGAUGUGCCCUGCACCACGGAUCGCCAUGUGCUCAACGAACAGGACAACAAUAUUUUUAAGCCUUCAAGGAUCAAGGAGCGUCUGCGUAUUCCCGAGCUUCAGGCAGGCAUCUUAGCCAAUUGCUUACGCUUGUUGCGUCCAGGUGGCAGCUUAGUUUACUCCACCUGCUCGCUGUCGCCCAUCCAAAACGAUGGUGUGGUGCACAUGGCACUACAGAAAGUGUUCAUGGAGCACGGCAUUACAGCCACUAUCAAGGAUCUUAGUCAGCAUACGGCGCUCUUCAGCGAUGUCUUCAAGUUUGAGCAUCCCAAAGGACUCAAAUAUGGACAGAUGGUGGUGCCCUAUCUGCCAGCUAACUUUGGGCCAAUGUAUUUCAGCAAAAUAACCAGAAAUAUGUGAUCAAAAAAAUAAAGCUGUUGAAUGUUAGUUCUAUA